AUGUUGAGUAAAUUUGGUGCUAAUACAAAAGUAAAUAUUACUUACCUGGUAUGCCAUUUGGAAAUAUAAGAUUUAUUACAUUUUCAGUUUCAAUAUCCAUUUUUUAUUUAAAUAAUACAUUUGUACAUAUAAUGAAAAUAAUUAAACUAUUAUCAUGUACUGCAUGUUAUAUGUACAAAUAUUACACGUCUAAAAUAUUGUUUCGUAUCUUGAUAGAAUACCUUGAUUGUAGUAGUACAGUUAUUGGCUGUUGGCUGUAAGCGUAACAUACAGGUCUAUAAGAAAUAUCCAAUCAUUUUAAUUCUUAACUGGGCUACUGUUUAUUAAUAAUAUGAUUGUAUGAAAAAUUAAAUUGUGGUGUAAAUAAAUUUAAAUUUGAUCGAAUAUAAACGACCAAAAUGUAUAAAUGAAAUAUAUUUAAUAUUGUUAUUAUAAAUACUGAAUUUAUAAAUUAAAUAUUUCUAAGAUAUAAAAAUUUUAAAAAUAGUUUAUCAAAUCCAAUUUUCAUUAACAGAAGUAUCUUUUAAAUCAGAAAUUUUAUAAAGGGUUUGAAUUAAAUUUAAUAAUUACAUAUAAAUACCACAUUUAAUUUGAACUUUUUAACAGUAAAUAAUAUAGAUAGGAAUAUAAUAUAGUAUGAAAUUUUAAUAUGAAAUAAUAUUUCUUAAAUAAAUUGUAGAAUGUAGACACCAUCCUGUAUGCAUAUGUAAGUACUUAUAUAUAUAUCACUAUUGUGUAUAUACAUGUUAUCUAUUUAUUAGAAAGAGCAUAUUUAAGUUAAAAUAAAUAACAAUUAAAAUUACUUAUUGAAGAAUUGUACUAUAAUAUUCAAUAAUAAUUUCAUUCGCUACAAAAUGAUAUUAAGUGUUCUUAAACAGGUAAAUACGUACGCUUUUUAUUCAAGAUAAGGUUAUGUUAAUCUAUCAUAUUUAUUAAAAUGAUUAUUUAAUCAAAUUGUAUGUAUAGAUAACAACAUACUGUCAAUGUCCAUUAUUUAAUAAAGCAGUGAGACUUUACGGUAUAUAUGAACCGCCAUAUAUAAAGGUUUUUUCAUAAAUUAUAUGUUAUAUUUUAUUUGUAUUAUGUUUGUUUGAUAUUUAACUUAUUCUUAUUAUUAUAGGCAAAGGAAUUUGAAAUACCACUUUAUCCUGUUUUAAACAUACAACUUAGAGGAUACAAGUAUCCUGUAAUAGAGAGUUAUCAAAGUUUCAUUCAUAAAAUAGUAGAAGUAUUUGAUUUUACUAUUGAUGACAGCAUUGCUUUUCCACAUAGAGAAUUUAAGAUAAAAAGAUUUAAGAAAGGAAGUACUAUAGUUGAUACUGAAUAUGACUUAAAAAUUUAUGAGAGGGACAUACAAAUAUCAAAUGUUUCGUCUACAAAAUGUCCCAUUUUUAUUAGAGUGUUAGAAGCAAGUUUGCCAGAAGGAGUUUCAUUAGUUAUUGAUAAAUAUGAUCCAAUACUACAAAAGAAACGUCUAAUACCCAACAAAGAAUUGAUUGAUGUGAAAAAUGAACUAGAAGAAUCCCUCGAAACUAAACAGAAAUAA